CCCACGCUUUCUGUCUCUCUCUGUGGAGGGAUGGAGGUCUAAAAGCAGGGAGGCAGAGUCUCAGCCUGACACUCUGCCUCGUGGUGCCUUCACUGCCUCAUGGUGCCUUCACUGAGUCUCGGACCCCCCCUCUUUGAACCAAUGAUGCUAAAACUGGACUCUGUUCUCCUGUGCUCCCCCAGCUCAGCCAGAUGAACACACACAGGAGAGGACUUACAGCCAAGGCCCAGCAGCUGUGCUUCUGGCUCUUUCUUUGCUUCCGCCUGGCGCUGGCUGGCGUCGCCGGUCCCUGCCGUCACUCUGUAACCUGGGAUCAUUUCCUGAGCCUAAACCGCCUGAUUGAUAACCAGUUGGAUAACAGCUGUUUCAUUAUCUACCCAUUCACCGAGUGUCUCAAUCUGAGUAAAGUGUGUUGUGUUAAAGCAGCGUUCCCACACAUCCUCGAUCUCCUCAGCUCACAUUUCCAUUAUGCCCAGAGUUCAGACAACAGACGAUACGUCAGCACGUUGGAAACCGUCAUCUUCCACCUGUACUCACAGGGCUGCGUCCCUGAGAUCAACGAGGAGUAUGAGGACAGUCCAGUCCGGUUCCUGAGGAUUGAGCAGAGUUCUCCUAAGGAGGCUCUUAAGAAGGUUCGCUCUGUGAUCAGGAUGUACAUGAGCCUGAUAAAUGAAAACUCCGACCCCCUGGACUGGGACUGUCAGGAUCAGUACGCUGCUGAGGACGACCCACAGUCCACACCUGGAACCAGCCAACCAGAGCGUCCUGCGAGUCUGGCUCUCUGAGAGCUGUUGCUGCCGAUCCAGAACUGGAGCUGAGUCAUGAACUCUUUGUCGUCAGGGAGACUUGAAGCUGCUCUGUGAGGGGGAGGAGGGGGAGGAGGAGACAGAGGAGAAGGAGUAAGAGGAUGGGGAGGAGGAGGGGGAAACACAGGAGGAGGAGGAGGAGGAGGAGGAGGAGGAGGA